AUGGACGAAUCUCAGAGCGCAGAUCCUGGGCCGAGCCAUGUGCAGGUCACGGAGAAGCCCCGCGCAGACAGCUCGGCAUCAAUGCCUUCAAUGGGCAAUCAGACGUCUCAAACGACCAAUGACGGCACCGUCGCCCUAGUACGGCCUGCUCCGCAAAGCGAGGGUGACAAAUUAAGGAGGAAUAUCAGUAUUCGACACAUGGUCUUUAUCGCCUUGGGAGGCUCUAUAGGCGCCGGACUCUUUGUCGGAUCGGGUGGCGCGUUGCACGCUGGCGGUCCGCUCAGCUUGGUUCUGAGCUUCGCUAUUGUCGGUGUUGGCGUGACCGUCACCAUGGGAAGCUUGGGAGAGCUCGCCGGCUCGUUUUACGAAUACGCCAGGCGCUUCAUCUCCGAACCUUGGGGGUUCACCAUGGGAUGGAACUUUGUAUUCGCCUGGCUCAUCAUAUUUCCCUUCGAGCUCAGUUGCAUUGUCUCGCAAAUCAGAUUCUGGAACGACACUGUAUCGCCCGCUGUCAUCAUUGCGCCAAUUCUAGCGGGGUUGAUCGUCGCCUCGUUUGGAGGAUCUCGAUUCUACGGCGAGAUCGAACAUGGCCUCGGUAUUGCAAAGGUCAGCGCCUUGACCAUCUUCAUUGGAAUGGCGAUUGCCAUCAUGGCCGGGGCUGUCCCAUCCGACGCAAGACACGGCACGGGGGUAACAUUUUGGACGACACGCGACGUCAUCGCAAACGGAUUCCCUGGGUUCAUGACCCUAUUCCGUAUCGCAGGCAUGUCGUACGGAGGGACGGAGCUUCUCGGCAUGACGGCCGCUGAGUGCAACAACCCUCGCCGAGCACUUCCGCUCGCUACCAAGAUUACCUUUUUCAGGAUUGCCAUCUUUUAUGUUCUCACUCUCCUGUUCCUCGGCUUCGUCGUUGACUCCCAGGAUCCGGGUCUUGCAAAGAUUGGGCAUGGCGCCCAGGUCAGCCCUUUUACCCUGGCUGCGCAGCGAGCGGGCAUCAAAGUGCUACCGGAUCUAUUCAACGUCUUCGUGGUAUUGGCACUGCUUUCCAUGGCCAACGCCAGCAUCUAUGCCUCUAGCCGUGCGCUACAGGCUCUCUGCGAGCAGGGCAUGGGACCUCGCUUUGCAGCUACCAUCAAGUGGGGUGUGCCUAUCUAUGCUUUUGCUCUGGCCUUUACCAUCGGCCUGACCGCCUUUGUGAACGUGGCACCGGGAGGCGCUGUCAUAUUCGACUGGCUGUUGAGUCUUUCUGGAGCCUGCAACUACUACACCUGGCUCUCUAUCUGCGCCAGCCAUAUUCGCUUUCGCCGUGCGUGGCACACACAAGACCAUAGUCUCGACGAGCUCUUGUGGACCAGUCCUUUCGGCGUAUGGGGCUCAUGGAUCGGCAUUGCGAUUUGCAGUACAGGUCUCCUUGCGAGCAUCGUCACCUCCAUAUACCCCCUGUACGGAAUCCACAGCGCACAGGGCGCUGUCCGUGACAACCUAGGUAUCGUCAUCCCGAUGGUAGUGUUCGCCUCUUACUGCUCGUGGCAGAAGUUUUACCGCAAAAGGACACCAGUCGUGAUGAUAGCCCCUGCCGACAUGGACCUGACGACGGGCUUGCGAUGGAGGGGAUCUUACCUGGUGGAUCUGGAGGAUGCGCCCCGCGAAGAGGCACCAAAGUCUUCAACAUGA